AUGCUUUAGAGAUUGUCUACAGUGUUCAGAAGACCAGUGUUUUGGCAUGGGACACAUCAUCAUGACAGCAAUGAUGCUACAAAAAGAUUAUUUGACACAGUCUCUAGCACAGUUAAAGGCAUCUAAUAAAUAAACUAUGUUGUGGAGCAUGAUCCAAAAUUAACAGCAGAUGAGAAGUCAAAAAUGAAGCAAUUCCUUAUUUAUAGAUAUGAUCCAGCUGAUGAGAAUGACUUCCCCCAAGUAUGUCAGCUAUUAAAACGUUGUUGA